AUGGUGUUUUUCGGCGCUCCUAAGCCGUCGCCAACGCGUGAUGCCGUUGCGUCAAUGGUGGACGGAAGGACGUCGCCUGUGCAUGUGUCGGCGACCUCGACGAAAAAGCCCCCUGUGCCGUCUGCACCAAAACCUGUGAUACCCGCCGAGGAGAUCCAACUCCCCCUCGCACCGCAUGCUCUGUAUGCGGCGCUUGUAUCGCCUGCUGCGACGUCUCCCCCUACUGCGCUGUCGUCGUCUGCACUUGACCAUCAGGUAGCUGGUCCCGCUCCCCUUGCUGUUGUACUGGAGCCCCUUGGUGCUGCACCCGUGCAAACUGCCGCCGCAGUUCAUGUUGCGGCGUCCCCCGCCGACGACCUGGCACUGCAGGCAGUGUUUGCCACCACCGGCAGCCCAGCCCCAAGCGGCUCGCAGCAGGUGGCACCAUCGCCAACUGCUCCCCCUCCCGGUGCUCGUCCUAGAAUUGCACCACAGCAGGUUGCCCCUCCUCCUGCUGCUCCUGCCGCAUCGGCGCCUGCUUCCGGAGGAGAGGCGGCAAACUCCCGUCGUCGGAUGCCGUGCGUCCCGCCAGUGGCGGGCAUGGAAUUCGUGGGAGCGGGAGGAGGGGCGGUGAGGGCGCAGUAUCCCCCCCUCCUUGUGGCUGAUGUUGCUGCCCCUGCUAUUGAUGAUCCCCUCCCCUUCCUGGCGGGGGGACAUCCUCCCGGCAGGUCCGUGCUGGCACACGGUUCCCUUCUACGUGUCCUGGGGAACACGAUUCUAGACGGCCCGCAGGUCGAUUGCCUGGAUGCAGCAGACCAGCUCGCCUUCCUCCCGGCGCCCGUGUUGGCCGCGCCCGCGCGGGGAGUCGUUGCGGCUUUGGGGCAGCUUGACGCUGCAGUUCGCGGCUUGCGGCGAUGUUUGCGCGCAGGGACAGGAGUCAACGCGAUCGCUGCAAGCACACUCGAGGUCUGUGAGGUGUGGCGGAAUCUGACGGGCAUUCUUGUUGCCCCUGAAGCGGACCGAAUGUAG